AUGGCUCAUUUCCCGGCCAUCGUAUCAUCGGAGGGCUACGUCCCUGGAGUUAACGAGCCAGAGCAAAUGAUUUGCCAAUACCUGCAUAUGACCAAUUCUAUGGGAUGUUCUUGGUUUGGAUGUGAUGUUUCAGCCUUCAGUUUACCCCUUUUGAUGCUUCAGCUCAGUAUCAUCUUCUUCGUCACCCAUACCUUCUUCUUCUUCCUCAAACCCCUUCGACAAAGUAUUCUCUCUUGCCAACUUAUCGGUUGUAUUGUGUUCAUCUGGUUCGUAAGACUCGACAAGAAUCUCCUCAACCAGUUGUUCCCCGAAUCCGGCAAGUUGGUGCUCGACACCGUCGCCAACUUUGGCUUCCUGCUGCAUGUUUUUGUCGUCGGAGUUCAAAUCGACACCAAUAUCUUGAAGAGUGUGCAAAGACAUAUGGUGCUCAUGGGUUGCACGUCUUUUUUCGUGCCCUAUGUUGUUUGCUGCUUGUGUUUGAUGCCACUGACUAAUAUGGUUACCAUAGACGAGUUUAGCUUCAAGACUCUGCCUUUUGUGGCAGCUUUAACCUCAUUGACAACAUUCCCAGCAGUCACCAACACCCUUUCCGACUUAAACUUGUUAAAUUGCGAUCUUGGUCGAUUAUCUUGCAGCACAGCUUUGGUUACUGAUGUCUGCAGUUAUGUUACAGCUUUAGCAUUGAGCACAAUUGGUGUAGCUUUAGAAAGAUCAGACUGGAAGCCACUGAACAACAUCUUGUGGAUUGCUUGUUUUCUGCUCUCCAUUAUCUACGUACUUCGCCCAUUUGUGCUGUGGAUGGCCAAAAGGAUUCCUGAAGGCCAGCAGAUAAAAGAGAGUCAGUUUCUAGUGGUUCUCGUGGCACUUUUGUUAUGUGGGUUUCUAGCAGAGUGCUUAGGUCAAGCUGCUGAAUUUGGAGGGUUCACCAUGGGUAUAUGUGUGCCUGACGGACCGCCCUUUGGUUUGGCAUUGGUGAACCGAAUCGAUUGGAUGGCGACCGUCAUCUUGGUUCCUGCCAAGUUUGCGAUCUCUGCAUUUAAGGUGAAUUUGAAUUCACUUGUUGGUGAUAAAGUGGUUGCUUCUUUGAUCACUGAGGUGGUCAUUUCCAUAGCAUACUUGGCCAAGUUCACCUGCAACUUCCUUUUGGCCAUGUAUUUCAAUGUUUCAUUGCCGGAUGCUUUUCAUUUUGCAAUGAUCAUGUGUACCAAAGGCAUCAUUGACGUUGCUGCCUAUUCGUUUAUGCGAUCUAACGAAGCUGUAACAGAGCAAGCAUACUCGCUUCUUAUACUCAACAUGCUAAUAGUAACAGGAAGUACAAGGCUUCUGCUAGGACAUUUCUAUGAUCCAUCGACAAGAUACCGGACAUACAAGAGAAACAGCAUCUUAGAAUGCGAACCAGACGAUUAUCUUCGAAUGGUGGUUUGCAUUCAUAAUGAAGAGAAUGUUUCAUCGAUCAUAAACCUCUUAGAAGCAUCAAAUCCCACACGACAUCAACGUAUAGAAGUUAUCUCAAUGAAUCUUCAACCGCUCGAAGGUCGAGCAUCUGCCAUUUUAGUCCCAAGCUCAGAAGUCAAAGAUAUCCCGUCAGCCCAAACUCGAAUGUUACAGAUUAUAAAAGCCUACAAUUACUUCAUUGAACGUAAAAAAGGGUCCGUUGUGAUCGAACACUUUAUCGCAAUGGCACCAUACGGUAGCAUGCAUGAAGAUAUCUUCACAAUCGCAAUUAACAAGUGUGCUAACAUUGUAAUUGUCCCAUUUCACAAGCGUUGGGCUAUUGAUGGAAGUAUUGAAGCUACAUUUCCUGGCAUUAGAACAGUAAACUGUAAAAUCAUGGAGAAAGCACCAUGUUCGAUAGGCAUACUCGUGGACCGAGGUCAGAUUGGAGGACCUAAAUCUGUGUUAACGGGACGAAACAAAAUGUUUCGGAUAACCCAACUGUUCCUUGGUGGUGCAGACGAUAGAGAAGCACUUGCAUACAGUAGUCGAAUGGCAAAACACCCCCACAUCAGUCUGUUACUGAUUUUGCUUAAACCGCAGUGUGCGGACAUGGAACCGACACCAGAAAUGUACGAGAAGAGACUGGAUGCGGAGAUAAUCGAUCGGUUUCGUGUGGAAUGUAAGGGACGAGAUAUCUUUAUUCAACAACAGGUGGCAAAAGAUGCAGUAGAAACAGUGCAGUUGCUGAGAGCAAUGGAAAAAGGUUGUGAUUUGUUUAUAGUUGGAAGAGAACAUGGUUGCUGUGUUUCUCAACUAACGUAUGGAUUAUCAGAGUGGUCACAGUGCCCGGAGCUGGGAGGGAUCGGAGACUUGUUAGCUACAUCGGACUUUCAAUUUUCUGUUUUGGUGGUGCAACAGCAGCUGGUGGAUACAGUAAAAAGUCUGCGGAUUUCUGCGGCCAGAAUUUGUUCUGACACUAGUCGUGCAACCUCAGGAUUUUCUCUCCUUGACGGCAUCUUUUAA